AUCCAUGAAAUUCAUUCCACAAAUAGAUUCAUUUUCUGUUCAGCUUAUUUCUUAUAGCAAUUUAUCGAAAACGGAACGAUUAUUCAGGCCAUUAAUUACGAUCCAAUUGUCCUUUCAUUUCUGUUAACCGAUUCUGUACAUUUACGUUUGCACGUGUACAUGUUUUAUAUGUGUAUACUGUCAUUCGUAGUACUGAACGUAACCUUGAAAAGCCCACCCUCGGAGCAUAGGUUCAAUUGUAGCGGGUGAAGUAACGCUUUGUUACUAUCUAUGCUGAAUUAAGAAAUCAUAUUGUGACUUCCAAUCGGAAACCGUAAUCUUUGAUAAAACGUAUUCAUGAAAAAUCGAGAAAUUAUCGAGAAGUGACGUUCGGUUGUUGGUGUAGUAAGGUGCAAGGUUAGAAAAGAGCACGAAAGUUUCAUUGGAAAAUCAGAAAGAUGUUCUUAAGAAUUUAGGCGGUAAAUGCCGCUGUUACGUGUCACAAUUGUUUUGUUGAAAUCAGUAUGGUGCAACGCUCAGUCGCGCUUAGGCGCAACGUUAGGAUUCUAUUAAUUGGUGAUCGUGGAGUCGGCAAGACUUCUUUGAUCUUAUCAUUAGUCAGUGAAGAAUACGCUGAGGAUGUGCCCUGUAAAGCAGAAGAAAUCACUAUUCCAGCUGACGUUACGCCGGAACAAGUACCAACAAACAUUGUAGAUUAUUCAGCCGCUGAACAAACUGAAGAUCAAUUAACUGAUGAAAUUCAGAAAGCACAUGUAAUUUGUGUUGUUUAUUCUGUGGUCGAUGAGGAUACUUUAGACAGAGCAGUUACGUAUUGGUUACCAUUGAUUAGGCGAUGUUUAACAGAUCAUCGUUGUCCAGUUGUUCUUGUGGGAAAUAAGAUUGAUCUUGUUGACUAUUCUACUAUCGAGGCUGUAUAUUCUAUAAUGAAAGAAUUCACUGAAAUUGAAAGUUGUAUAGAGUGUUCCGCCAAAACAUUACAGAACGUUUCAGAAACUUUUUAUUAUGCACAAAAAGCUGUUUUACAUCCUACCACACCACUUUAUAAUUAUGAUACCCAUGAGCUUACAGAAGAAUGUAAAAUUGCACUACAAAGAAUUUUCAAAAUAUGUGAUUUAGACAAUGAUGGCUUGCUAAAUGAUAUGGAACUAAAUACAUUUCAACAAUGGUGCUUUAAUAUUCCCUUACAACCACAAGUUUUAGAGGAUGUGAAGGCUGUAUUAUCAAAAAAUAUUCAGGAUGGCAUUUGUUCUGGAUGUGUUACUCUGAAAGGUUUUAUGUAUCUUCAGUGUUUAUUUAUACAAAGAGGAAGAAAUGAAACUACUUGGGCUGUGUUAAGAAAAUUUGGUUAUGAUAAUGAGUUACAGAUGUCUAAAGAAUACAUAUAUCCACUAUUAAAAGUUCCUGUUGGAUGUACGACUGAAUUAUCACACAAAGGACAGGAAUUUUUAACAUUGUUAUUUCUACAACAUGAUCGAGAUCGGGAUGGUGCUCUUUCUCCAUCGGAAAUGGAAUCGUUAUUUUCACGAUGUCUAAUACCACCUUGGGGAGAUGAAUAUAAAUAUACUGUACCCACUAAUGAAAAAGGAUGGAUUACACUUCAAGGGUAUAUGUGUCAAUGGACGCUAUUGACUCUUACAAAUGUGCGAAAAGCAUUAGAAUAUAUGGCAUAUCUAGGUUAUAACAUGUAUAAUAAUGAAUGUCAGACAAAUGCGAUUCUAGUUACUCGUGAAAAAAAGUUAGAUUUGGCAAAAAAGCAAUCUAGUAGAAAUGUUUACAGUUGUCAUGUAAUUGGCCCAAAAAGUAGUGGAAAGACAACAUUAUGUAGAACGUUUAUUGACCCUAAACUCGAGAAAUUGACCAAUGAAAUGGUACCACCGAGUUCACAUGUUACUGUAAAUACGGUACAUGUGUAUGGUCAGGAAAAGACAAUAAUUCUGCGAGAUAUAAACAUACUAAAUGUUCAGGAUGCUUUAACUCCAGCACAAAUUCAGUGUGAUGUGGCAGCUCUUGUUUACGAUGCUAGUAAUCCUAAAUCGUUUGAAUAUAUUGCACGGAUUUACAUCCACCUUUUCCAGAAAUAUUUUGCAGAUAGUAAGAUCCCUGUUCUCAUAAUAGCAAAUAAGAGUGAUCUAUCUGAAGUAAAGCAAGAUUACCUGCUACAGCCAAUAAGUUUUUGCAAUAAGUACAAACUGAUGCCACCGCAACCAUACAGCAUCUCCCGUACAGUACGACGUGAAAUCUUCGUUAAACUAGCGACAAUGGCAGCUUUCCCCCGCUUUCAAGGAGCAUGGGUAUUAUUUUACAGAGACAGUCCUUUGAGGCGAAUGGUCCACAUGUUGCUUGUCAAACCCUCACCCACUCAGUGGUGGAGUUCUUUUACAAGACAUAUAAAUCAAUUUGGAUUAUUACAAGGGGAUUCGAUCGUCUGGUGGAAAGCCGGUCUUGGAAUUGCGGUUGCUACCGUCGCAGGUUUUGUGGUGAUGCGCGUCUUAAAUACAGAGAAAAGAUAGUCUACCAUAUUCCUUUUCUUGCACAUUUAACUGCCUCUUUUGGUCGAAUAUAAAGCCGUCUUUGAGAAACGCGUUAAGUUAAUAAACAAUGUUCUUAAAUCAUUAA